UCCCCUUCUUUGUUGUCCUCUACCCGUACUCGCUUAUAUAUUCUCUUUUACAUUUCCCAUUAACACUCGCUCACAUAUUUCAUGUCCGGCUAGCUAGCUAGCUCUUUGCUAGAUUUUUUUCGGCAUAUAAGUGAUUUUCAGCAUGCAACAAGCAAUUCCAUACAAAUCAUGGCCUCUGCCAUGCGUCAACACAACUUCCCGUCAUGCCCCAUCAACAGUUGGCCAUAAUAAUCUCGCACCAAGCAGAGGAGGAAGCAGCAAAGACAUGCUUAAUAUUGUGUCAGAGAACGCUGUCAUUGUGUUCUCCAGGAAGGGUUGCUGUAUGAGCCAUGUUGUGAGGCGUUUGCUGCUGGCGCUGGGUGUAAACCCUGCAGUUUAUGAGAUUGAUGAGAAGGACGAGAUUGGUGUUUUGAAUGAACUGGGGAUGAUUUGUAAAGGGCAUGGAGAUGAUAAACUGCUGCAGCUUCCGGCUGUGUUUAUUGGUGGGAGGUUAUUUGGAGGAUUGGAUAAACUUAUGGCUACUCAUAUUAGUGGAGAGUUGGUUCCUGUUUUGAAAGAUGCCGGGGCCUUGUGGCUUUGAUAGAUCUGCAGUUUUAUGAGUUUUUUUUUUCUUUAUAUAGAUUUGGUUGGAUAAUUCUUGACUCUAAAGAGCAUGUUAGCCAGAAAAUGGAAGAUCAAAUUUUUUGGUUUUUGACUUAACCCAAUUGGGAAUGUAUCUUUGUAAUAGAGAAAUACAAGUCAAGAUAGUAGAUCUUAUAUCUCUUCUUAGUUCUUCCUCGUAUGUUGAAAUGAGGUUGUUGAUUCGAUUAGAAUGAUUCUUAACGAAUUGGAUGAUUUGAGCUAAGUUCUUUCUUUCUGGGAUAACAUCUUGUCUUUUCUUGGAAA